UCUAGCGGGGUCCCUGCCGGAGGGCCCCGCAGUGGCCGCGUGGGGCCUCGGGGUGACCGUGUGGGACCCCGUAGUGACAGCCUGGGUGGCCUGCGUGGGGCCGUGCUGUGGGGAUGAGGGUGACCGUGUGGGACAGCGGGUAAGCCUGUUGCGACCCGAGGUGGCAGCGCUGGCCCCGCCGGGCCACAGGGAGGCCCCGGCCGGCGCUGACAGGGCGCGAUCCGGCACGUCAGGUUAAUUGGGCGGCAUCCUUUUCGGCGUUAAUUGCGCAGAACAGCCCCCGAAUGUGGGAAGCUGCCCUGGGCCUGUGUCACCCUGACGACACCCAUGGCCGAGCGCCUUGGCCGGAGCGACAGGACCGUUUCCCCGCUCAGAUGUGCCCUCAGCACCCGGACCAGGAGCCCAGACCCGUGUGUCCCCUUGGUCCUGCGCUCCCCAUCGGCUCACGGAUGCAUCGCCGAACGAGGCGAGGGCAAACUCAGCCUGCGUGAGAAAACACGUGCCUCUGCAUCCAAGCACGCACACAGGAAUGCAUGGCGAACCUCAGGCAGGCUGCCCUCCCGCCCCGCCUCUCCUCGCCCCUGCACAGUCAUCCCAGCCGGCCCGGCUCCCCCCGGGCGCUGCCAGCCUGCCCCUGUGCUGCUAAUGACACAGCAGCCCGGCUGCCACGGGGACAACGUGACUCCAGAAGCUGCUGCCUGGAAAAAAAAAACAACUACACAACAAAAAAAAAACAACCAGCAGCCCUAAGUGUGCACAAUCAAGUGAUGAGUGUUUGUAUUUCUGAUGCUUUGAGGCCAGCUCACAACCCUCCCUCCACAUAAUAUUCAGGGUGGUUAGGAAGGGGUAGUUUUCUUUUAAUAGGACGGCGUAGUCACAAAGCUUUAAAGAAAUAAAUGAGUAAAUCGUCUAUGGUAAUAGCAACAUGCUACGAACGGGGCACAGUGACGAAGUUGAAGUCUAUUUUUAAGCCUGCCUGGCAGCAUGUAGGUGCAGACGAGUCCGUGACCCUUUCUGCUGUUCUGAAUCUAUGGACAUGGCCGAUGUCCCUGUCCCAGUUCAACGUCAGAGUUGUUUUUGCUCCCCAAUGAACACUAUGCGAAGACAGAGAAGCCUCAAGCUGUUUUGAAGAUUGUGCAACGAUGCUUGGGAGCUUACCUGCUUCUGCUUGAGCGCUUCCCUCCCUCACAGUUCACAAGAUGCGACAGGAAGAGAAAUACAACCAAAUCGGACAGCACUGGUAAUUGGACUCGGAUCCUUCGAAAGCCCUAGGGGUGAGUUAAUUCGUUUAGCUGAGGUGAUUUCACACCGGAAUGCAGGCUCCGAACAAGGACGGUUGCGCUCCCUGUGCCACCCAUAUGCAUGGUGCCUGCUCGGCAGAGCGGCUGCUGCGACAAAGAGCCAUGAGCCACUCCAGACACAUGGGCAAGAUCAGGAAAAGGCUGGAGGAUAUCAAGAACAAGUCCUCGAAGUCAACAAAAGCAGAUUUCAGCCACAACGAAAGCGUAAGGUUGGCCACUGAUGCCUUCCUGGAUGGUGGGACAGCCUCUUACCUGGAAACUUUAAGCAAAGAGGGGGAGGUGGAUUUCCUCUCCUCGGUGGAAGCUCAGUACAUCAAGGAUCACGCCAGGGAGUCUUAUUAUGCGCAGGAGUCCCUGGCUGGAGACGGGGCGGCUGCACCAAAGCAGAACGAUGCCGGCUCACUCCCUUCAGGGACCUACUUCCCCACCAUUUCUGACAGCAGCGAGCCAGCUCUGCACACAUGGAUUACAGCGGAGAAGCCCUAUUUAAAGGAAAAAUCCACCGCCACCGUGUAUUUUCAAACAGAGAAGAACAACAACAUUAGAGACAUCAUACGCCGGUACAUCAACAAGUCCACUCAGGUGCUGGCUAUCGUGAUGGACGUGUUCACAGACACCGAGAUUCUCUGUGACCUCCUGGAGGCAGCGAACAAGCGCAUGGUGUUUGUCUACCUGUUGCUCGAUCAUGGCAAUAUAAACCUCUUCUCGGAGAUGUGUGACAAGUUGCAAAUUGCUGAGGAUCUCUUCAAGAAUAUUUCAGUUCGCAGUGUUACUGGAGAGGUUUACUGUGCAAAAUCAGGCAGGAAAUUUUCAGGGCAAAUACAAGAAAAAUUUCUUAUCUCUGACUGGAAAUACGUGCUCUCUGGAUCUUACAGCUUCACGUGGUUAUGUGGCCAGGUUCACCGCAACCUCCUCUCCAAGUUCACGGGUCAAGUCGUGGAGCUGUUUGACGAGGAGUUCCGACACCUUUACGCGCUGUCCAAGCCCGUGAGGGGACCGAAGUCUCCGCCGCGCACCAUGCCCUUCCUGUUCCGCUGGGCGCCCCAGCGCAGCCUCCCCGACAGUGACGAGGGAAGCGCCAACACCCUGUCCGACCCCCUCAGCAGCCUCUCAGCCGGCAGCACCCACCAGACCAAGCAACCCCCAAGAACCCUCAUGUUCAGCAGCAGCUUCACACCCCCAUCACCUCUGCACAGAGUUAACUCCUUCCACGGCUUCGUCUCGUUCACUCCCCCACCACCACCAAAGGCCAUCCAGAGCAACUACUACCAGCCACACUACGUGUCGGAUAACUCCGCUGUUCUGUAUAACAACAUGAACGUUUACAGACCUAUAAGACUUAGACAGGAGGAACCGAACAGGACAGGGUUAAGCUCGCCCUGGAGAUGCCUCCACAAAGCUAACCUGUUUGCAUAAUAACCACCUUGUUUGGAAUUGCAAGGGAACGCAGUGAGGACCUGUUUAGCAAUCGCUUGCGUACUGAUGAAUAUAGAAAUUCUGUAUAAUACAAAAUGAGGAUGAUUUCAAGCCUCUUGUUUGGUUUUGCUUCUUGUGGAUGCUUCGUUUCCCUAAUUAAAAAGACAAGCCUGCGAACAUGUAGGCCUUGUGUGCAUCACAAUCCCAGGGAGAAGACACCUAAAUAAUGCAGCUCACCGUGCGACACUGCUGCUGCCUGUCACCUGCGCUUGGUAGCAUAUUUGUGCAGCAGUAGAUUUCAGCGUUAACUGUUUUUCAUAUGGCCACACACUUAAAAGUGGGAUCAGUCACAGUUUAUCACUCUGUAUUUUCUGCACUUGCAUAUAGAGACCGAGGGACAUUUCCGUGCCAAAUGGAGGCGAUGCCAGCAGCAGCUGUCUACCCUGGUGCUGUCAUCGCACUGUACUCUGGAUUUAGGACUCCUUAGGGCUGACAGGGAGGCACGGGUUCUGCCGCCACACCGUCUUAGAGCUGACAGCAUGGAGUGCGCAGCAAGGACAUCUGCUCACAGGCCUUCUAGGAAGGGACCUGCUGACCAUGACGGGGACCAAGACCAACAAUUUGGGUUACGGAGACCAUCCUGCCGGCACCGCACGCUCACUUCCACUCAUUAGCACCAAGGGGGCAUUCCAGCACAUGUUGUUACAAACCUCCAAUCCCACCAGCUCAGUUUUCCUCUUUGCGGAGCAGCUGUGUAGAUUCAGACUGAAAAGUGAAGCUGAGUAAAGAAGCAAAGUCGUACCAGUCACACGCUUUCCCAGGAAUGAGUCCCUUUUCAUUUAAUAGCACAUGCAUCUUAGAAAUCCUCUCAGUGGUCAUUUGAUGGAACGUUAAGUUAGAGAUAACGAUACUUUAUUUCGGAGUUCUUCGAGGUUUCCAAUUUUUGAAGAGAAACUAGGUGUCCGUAGUGCUCAUUGAAUACGGGUACAGAGGGAGUUACGGAGGUUCAGCAGCUUGAACCAAAAGCAGAAAAUCUUUCUGCCAAAUAAUCCAUGGAAACAAAAUAAGCUUCUGCAAGUGAAAGGCAAAAAAUAGUAAGAAAAUUCAUGAAACAAAGGAUUUCGAACCAAAUCCCAAAAUUACUAGAUGCCUAACAUCUAUUGAUUUAUCAGUAGAUACUACUUUUUACACCUGCUUUGUAUCAUCUUUCAUCUCACUCCAACAGAAAACAGAAAGCUGAAAAUAUUUGCACAUCUGGCCCAUUCUGCCUGACCUCACCUGCUCAAAAGGGAGAGCAAUUUCAUUAUUUAGUCUGCGGAUGAUGAAAAUUGCACGCGGCAGCAAGAUCUCAGGUGAGGAAAGUUUCUUGUCUUUGAAGAGCAGUCGUUUUGGAAGUGUACCGGUGAAGUUUACAGAACAUUUUGAAAGGAACAGGAUGGACACAUCCUGCUCUAGUUUUGGUGUGCACGUUUUUACCUGCGAUACCAAAUUUUGGAGUUCAGAAUAACAACAACCUAUUGCAUAUAAUUGUAAAUUCUGUACAUAGCAACAUUUUUCGGAUUCCUUGGGAAGAAGUGAAAGUUGAUUUUCGUUCCUAUGACAAUUCUCCUUAAUUAUCUAAAUAUAGCAGCCAUUCAAAUAAAAGAGAAGACUUUAAUUAAAA